AUGGCGGACUGCGAACAGUACCCGCGAAACGGCCGCGUUGUGGGCAUCAAAGACGACGAGGCAGAUGAGAUCACAGUAAUGCAAUUCAACGUCCUAGCCGAUGGGCUAUGCGACUUGCGUCAUGACAAGGGAGGGUUCAUCCUUGCGCCCCCAGAGUGCUUGCCAUGGUCGUAUCGCCGCAACUUGAUUCUGGCAGAGAUCGCACGGUAUGCACCAGACAUUAUUUGCCUCGAAGAACUCGACCACUUCGACUGGAUGCAGGACCAAUUGGACAGGUUGGGGUACAGCGGCCACUUUGCAGCGAAACGCGAAUCGCCCUGCUUGGAGUGCAGUGACCUUCCCGAUGGAUGUGCAAUCUUUGUGAACAGAAUCAAGCACCUCCAUAUCAAGCACAUGUGCGCUCCUCGGUACGAGCAUGACGACGGCCGUGGCGCAGCUUUGCCGUCGAAUCAGCUCGCGUUGGUGGCACAUGUAUUGCAGAACGAACAGUCUCUUGUUGUCGUGGCAUGCACCCAUCUCAAGUCCACGAAAUCCCACCAAGGCGAAGUUAUUCGACUCUCCCAAGCAAAGCAAUUGCAUGCCCAUGUCCUUCGUCACGGCGGCGCCGACAUCCCCACGAUCAUCUGCGGCGAUUUCAACGCAACCCCCGACGACAAUGACAAGUAUGCAGCCCAAGCCAUUCCGGCCAUGCUGGACCUAGGCUGGACCAGCGCAUAUGCUCAAGCAGGCUCCACCCCCAACUACACAACAUGGAAGACGCGGCCAGGAGUCGAGAGCAAACAUGUGAUCGACUACAUUUUCCAUAACGACAAGGUCCAGUUGCUGCGCGUCGUUGAUGCCCCAGAGGACGUCGAGCCAUCGGGGCUGCCGUCUCUGAGGUACCCGUCCGACCACAUUGCGCUCAUUGCAACCUUUCAAAUCACAUAGGGCACAAGAAAGAUAGUUUUUACCGACGGGAAGUACUAGGAUUAACGUAUAAUAGCAACCACUGAAUCGCCCAA